AGGGUGUUAUUGCGGUGCUGCCCCGUCGCGUCGGCAUCACAGCGGUUCUCACGGCUGCGCAUGAACAACAAGCAGUCCUCACGCCGCAACCCGCACGCGCGUUACACGAAUCAACAACAUUAUAAUAUAAUAAUAACCUGUCCUUGAAACAGUACACCAAGAUGCCACGCGAGGUGAUCAUCGGCACCUCCGACGCAGGCGAAGACCCCGCGGACCCUUCGCAAGUGCUGGCACAAGAAAUGCCGGCACUCUCGGUGGUGGAGGCACACAUGCAACGCCUUCGCUACGACUUAUGCGGCGACCGCCACGCCAGCAGCGGGUACGCCGCGCGUGUGAGCAUUCCCGCGAGCGACCUUACCCGCAUCGCCUCCUUAGUGGACUUGUUGGAUCAACUGCGUAAUUGGUCGAUUGAAGAAGGAACGACUUUUGUGGAGGAGCCGAGCCGGCUAGCGGAAACGGAGGCACCAGAGGCGGUGGUGGCGUGUGUGUGUAGCGGUCGUCCGCGGCUUAUGACGCAGGCGCUCUCGGUAGUGCAGCCCAUGCUGCGUCACCCGCAGACUGCAUGGGAGCUGCGGCGCGUGGUGUGCGAAGUCCAGCGUUCGAGAACGCAGCACGCGAACAGUACGAGUAAGAAGGCAAGGGAAGAGGAGAAGGAGGAAGGUAACGCAGCGGAGCUGAACUUGGAGGCAGAGGACGGGACACGCGGCGACCCCCUCUUGAUACUGUUGGCGGAUAUUGUGGCGCAUCACGCCGGCGCAGCGCCCCUCCUUGCGGAAGCGUUAAGCACCGCCGCAGCGGUCGUGCAGGUGGUGUUGCACGACCUGUCACAGGGGGAAACGGAGGAGGUCGUCUUCCAACGCGUGCGGUCCAUCGCCGACGCCCUCUACGCGACGCCGCUGGUGUUUCACAUCGAGUUGGCGAUGCGACGCUUUGCGGCGGUGGCGCCGCUGCAGGUAAACGGCGUGCAUUUUUUUGCGGCGCUGGUCGACCUGCCGGCACUGACGGACGAUGGGCCGGCUCGUGUGCCCAGCAGCGGUGCGGCUGCUGAUGACAGCGGCUCUGCGCACGCCGUUGAUGCGACGCGGGCUCGAGAGGAGCGGGAGAAGAGCAUGGGGCCGGGGGAGGAGCUUCCGGAGGAAUCGGUGUCGCCUCCUUCCUCUUUGGCGGACGUUGUGGCGCACAGUGACGGGGUGCUGGACGUGCUGCAGCGUGCCAUGCAGCUCCACCGACACCUUCUCUCGCUCCGUCGCGGUGUAUUGCAUGUUUGGUGCGUCUGUGCGCAGCGCCCCCCGUGCCGAGUGUCGCUGCUUCGCCACGGCGUCUACGGAGCUGCGCUGCGGCAAGUAAGCGAGGUGGGUCCGUACACCAUGGACGUGUUCCGCGAAGCGGCAGAAAUCGUUGGGUACUUCACUCCCCUGUUGGACGUCUUGCAGCGUCGCUCGCUGCUGCUCACACUGCACGGCAUCCUGCAGCGACGACCACAGCUGGAAAUGAUCGAGGUGGUGCUGGCGCUGCUUGUGGCGGUGCUGACAGUGGUGAGCCGUCCGAGCAGCACGGGGGACGCUCCGCACGAUCGUACGCAUCGCCACCCUCACGGAGACGUGCGUGGUGAUGCAGGCCGCGGCCGUCGCGGAGGGAACAGCGACCCCUACGCGAUGUACGCCACGUGCGUCCAACCGCCCACCCUCCCCACCACCUCUCCGUCGCGUGUCCCUGCUACGGUGGCGGAAACAGAGGCACCUCGUCAGCGCUGUCUUCGACUGAGUCCCUUGUUCUGGCAGCCUUCCUCUUCCUCUUCCACCUCUUCUAUCAGUAGCACUACCAGCCGUGCAGCAGACGGCGAUACGUGGCAGUUCAUGUUGCAGCGCUGCGCCUUACCGCAGCUGGUGAGUGGGCUGCACGGAUACUUCUCUGCUUGUGAGGUGGUGGAUGAGCAGGAUGCCGCCGCGGUGGAGCGCGUGUGCGCGCUUGCAGAGGCGGUGCUGACCUUCUUUUGA